CACACACACACACACACACACACACACACACACACACACACGACAGUUCGACCAUCGAUUUCGAUUAUGUCCACCGUGUGCCCCACAUACUGCAUUGUGGGAGCAGGGACGGUGACUUACGCAGGGGUUUAUAUUGCCAGUAGACUUGCGUAGCGUCUACCUACACUCUCUCCUCCUCCCCUGCCUGGGCAUGGUGUCAAGACCAAGUCAAGAAAAGUGGAGACGGGGUAGGCCGCAGAUGGAUGGCUUGGACGGAUCCUCGCCUUGGCGCUCCACUCCGCACCCCCUGGUCCACACACAAAUGACCAGGAUUUUGACCACAAAACAAAGGGGUGGUGGCAGUGGUCCAGUUGUACGACGAUUGCCGACAACAGGGUCUGCCAGCGCACCCCGCAAGUGUUGGCAUUUGUUAUUGCGCACCGAUAACGCCUGCCAGAGUACGAUGUGGCCCCCGUGCUGGUCCAGUGCAUCUAACACGUGGCCCGUGGCCCGAGAUCGGAUUUGCCCCGCCAGUAGACAUCUUUCCUAGCCGCGACUUUUAGCGCGACGUACGUGGUUGAAGCCUGUCAGCUUUAGUGUAGCGAGUAGUAGGCCAACUUCCAUGUGAAUGGAUUCCCAAUGUCGGUCCCUCUCUCUUUUCUGUCUCCGACUAUCUCCCACCCUCACAGUCUACUGGUAAUCGGCCAGCAAUAGCUAGAACGACGAAAACACCUGGGAGACGGAGCCGGUCGGCCUAUCCAACGUGCUCGCAGAUGGCCGAGAGUAUGACGCUCUUGAGUUAAGGCAAGCUCUGAAAUUCUCGAGUUGCUGCGUGUGUCAAAUACACAGUCGCGGACCAUCCAUCGGCAAUACCUUCAGGCAUAUCGGCCACAUAUAAAAUAGUCACAGCGGUAUUACGCUACAGCGAACCAUUAUUUGCCGCCCUGUGCAAUCCUGGAACAAUGAACUCGUUUUUUGGGAGGGUGAAUGCAGGUUUCCGCCCCGCUAGUCCAGGGAGCGCGGGAAGCCACCCCUCCCCCCGCCCUUCCUGUAGUCGCCUCCGCAACCACCAUUGGAAGAGCCACCACCGAAGCGUUUUUUAGGCGACCGAAGGCCUUGGAAAACUGAUCAGUUGCCUAUCUCAUGCGUUUAUGCCUAUGGGUGCUUGACGACGACGGUUGAGUUAUGCACUAGCAUGGAGACGGAAGGCUCGAGCCCGCCCCAUCGCGUUUGAUUGGCCAUUGGCGCCAAAAACAACACUCAGCUGACAGACAAUUUUCCUCUUUUUUCUGCCCCGUACAGCGCAUCCUGCCUCUGGAGUCGGCGCAGGACCUCUUUCCAGCACCCAGUCGUGUGGGCCCCCUGCUGACCACGACACCUGUAGCAGUUAUGCCUCCUCCACAGCCUGGCAGCGUUGCCUGCACUUUUCCCAUACCACCACCACCGCCGCCACCGCAGCCGACUGAUCCGCCGGAGUGCAAGCGACUCCUCGAGCAGACUCCGGACCAGCGACCCGCCUAUUUCCAGCCCCGUCGACCCUACCUCGUGAGACCCUAUCGACCCGAGGACAAGCCCAAACUCUACUCCCUGUGGCGACGUCUGCUGCUCCGACGCAUCGGUCUUUCGGCAGAUGCGCUCCCUGAGGAGUACAAGGAUCUGCCCGGUGACCGGUAA